AUGGUUUAUGCCUUCACACUCCCAACAACCUCUCCCCUUUCCUUCCAACAAUUUAUAACAUCAUCAACACACCCAUCCCUGCCACAAUCAGCCUCAACAGCCCGUCAUGCUCUCUGCCUCGCCUUGAAAGCCCACAAGCGGCUACCCCGUGGCGCGCGACAAGAUGCCCACCUACCAACCGUGCUCUCCGCACUAGAAGAAUAUAUUCCAUAUAUAUUCGCCAUAUUAAACGGUCUCCGAGGAAGAGCAGUGAGCAACUCUGGGCAGACCCAGGCACGCGAAGAAAUCCAAAUCACGCAGCGAGCGGAGAUUGAAUCGUCGUGGAAACCCACGCUUUCACCAAGCAGCGUAUUGAAUAUAGCCUCGUCCAUCUCCAAGGGAAAUCCAAGUGAAAGGGGCAUCCGGCUCCGCGGAAAACGAGUGGCAGGAAAUGGCCUCGAAUUCGAAUUAGCGUUCACACUUACAACACUAGGCUACGUCCUUAGUCGACUUGCGCGAAGAAGCGUAAAUGAUUCACUUUACGCAACACAGACUCAAAGUACAGAACAACGGGUUACAGCGAUACAAAAUGCAACGAGGUGCCUACUUCAAGCUAGCUCGGUUCACGCGCUUCUAUCCUCGUCUUUUACGAGUACAGCAGAAUGGAGUGUCUCAGAUAUUGACUCGACGACACAAUCCGCACUAUCAUCGCUAGCACUAGCCGAAGCGACCUUAUUAGCAGUUCUGAAAGACGACGCAUACGUGGCAGCUUGUAUUCAAGAAAGAAAUCCAAACGACAAAGAAUGGAUGGUGAAAGCGCCUGAGAUCCCGAAGGUGCGUGCCUUACUUUUUGCCCGUCUAUGUGUUCGUGCAGCAGAGUAUGCAGAGCAAUCUGGUGCGGGGCUUGGGAGCGCGAGAUCCGGAAAGGAACGUCUUGAUGAUGAGAUUACGCGGUAUGCGGGCGUGUUGGGUCGGGUGUCUCGUGCGCGGGCAUGUCGGUUUUUUGGGCUGGACGCGGAGCUUGCGGGGAAGACUGGGGAGGGGAUAGCCUGGCUGAAUGCUGCGCGGACAGCGCUUGGUUUGAGGGGCACGGGGUCUGCAUCUCAGGUUGAGAAUGACAGGGGAUCUUCGAAGGGUGGGUUCUCCCGGUUGAAGAGGGAAUGGGCUGAAAGGCGAGAGGAGAAGAAGAUCGGGAAGGAUGCUGGUGGGGGACGAGGGGAUAAAGGGUCCUUGGAGUCGGGCGAUGACGCUGGCCGUGACGAAGAGGGUAGAGUUAUUGCGACUCUAGAGACGAAGUGGGUGCGAAUGAAUAAUACGAUGAAUACUCAGGCCAUUCCUCCCUCUGGCCCAUUACUGUCUAAUCUCCCGUCCGGUCGGGAUAUACACGCACCGCCAGCUCCGUAUCAACCUCCUUCAUUGGAUGAAGACCAUUUGAUGCGAAUGCGGGCUCCUCCCAAGGAUGAUAGGGAUGAAUUCUUCGCAAACGAUCCUGAUGAUAGUGACGAAGAAGAUAUACCAUCUGACAUUCGCGGGACGCCAGGCGAUUUCCCUGAUCGAAGCCAGACUGCAUCGACUGCAUAUUAUUGA